AUGAGUACGCCGGCUAGAAGGAGACUAAUGAGAGAUUUUAAGCGGAUGAAGGAAGAUGCUCCGCCUGGUGUAUCAGCUUCCCCACUUCCCGAUAAUGUCAUGCUAUGGAAUGCAAUGAUUAUUGGGCCUGCAGAUACUCCAUAUGAAGAUGGUACGUUCAGGUUACUUUUAGAGUUUGAUGAGGAAUAUCCAAACAAGCCGCCGCAUGUAAAGUUUCUGAGUGAGAUGUUCCAUCCCAAUGUUUAUGCCAAUGGGGAGAUAUGCCUUGACAUUUUACAGAACCGAUGGACACCAACUUAUGACGUUGCAUCGAUAUUGACUUCUAUACAAUCAUUGUUUAAUGAUCCUAAUCCUGCAUCGCCCGCUAACGUUGAAGCGGCAACUUUGUUUAAAGACCACAAGUCACAGUAUGUGAAGAGAGUAAAGGAGACUGUGGAGAAGUCGUGGGAAGACGACUUAGAAGAUAUGGACGACGACUCGGAGUAG